AUGUCGUUGAAUAUUAGACAAACAGUGGUUUUCCUUGUGUUCUUCGCAUCGACAAUUCUGGCAGGUCGCUUUUCGGAUUUCUCCCAUGCGAAGGGGUUUCAUCCGGAUUUGAAAGAUAGGGUGGAGGGGAAUAGGAAGAGGAAUUAUCCCGGGUAUGGGCAUGGGCAUGGGAAUGGGACGGAGGGGUUUAGGUUUCUGAAUAAACAUACAGAGGAAUAUCGAGUUAAAUCUCUCCCUGAUAUCCCCUUUGAUAUCGGAGAAAUGUAUGCGGGAUUAAUGCCAAUUGAUAUGAAAAAUGAAUCAAGAGGGCUUUAUUUUGUCUUUGAACCCACGGUUGGAGAACCGGUUGACGAGGUUACUAUUUGGUUGAAUGGAGGGCCUGGCUGCAGUUCUUUAGAAGCCUUCUUUCAAGAAAAUGGACGGUUUAUUUGGAGUUGGGGAAUGUAUACUCCGCAGAUUAAUCCAUAUUCUUGGGUCAAUCUUACGAAUGUUCUUUGGGUCGAACAACCAGUUGGAACGGGAUUCUCGAUUGGUGAAGUAACUGCUACAACUGAAGAAGAUAUCGCAGAGGAUUUUGUCAACUUUUUCUUGAAUUUUCAAAAGACGUUUGGGAUUAAGAAUUUCAAGAUUUAUGUUACAGGAGAAAGUUAUGCAGGAAGAUAUGUCCCGUAUAUAUCUUUGGCUAUGUUGGAGAGAAAUGAUACGGAGUAUUUUGAUGUUUCUGGAGCUUUAGCUUAUGAUCCCGUCAUUGGCUCCUAUGUAUAUGCCCAACAAGAAGCACCAGCCGUUCCAUUCCUUCUCCAAAACAAUAAUAUAUUCGGACUAAACGCAAGCUUUGUAGCUCAUUUAGAAGCACUUCAUGAAUCAUGCGGCUAUUCGGAUUUCAUAUCACAAUAUUUAACAUUUCCACCAUCUGGUGUUCAACCCCCUAAGUACUUCGACUAUAACAACGAAACUGAUCUAGCGUGUGAUCUUUGGGGUUCAAUCUACUAUGCAGCAUACGGACCAAACCCGUGUUUCAAUGUUUACGAAAUCGUUACUCAGUGUCCUCUUCCAUCCGAUCCACUAGGUUAUCCAACGGACUUACAGUAUCUAUAUCCAGGAUUCGAUCAAAUCUAUUUCAACCGCACAGAUGUGAAAAAAGCCAUGCAUGCACCCAUGGAAAUCGACUGGAGCGAAUGUUCCGGCCCCGUAUUCAUCGGAGGAGACGACGGCGAAGGAGGACCCGAACAAGAAGGUGAUCUCAGUGCAGAUCCCAUUCAAUCCGUUCUCCCCCGCGUCAUCGAAGCUACCAAUCGUGUCCUCAUCGCCAAUGGAAAUCUCGAUUACGAAAUCCUCACCAAUGGCACACUUCUCGCGAUUCAAAAUAUGACGUGGGGAGGAAAAUUGGGGUUUCAAGAGAAACCGGCGAAACCGAUUGUAAUUACGUUGCCCGAUUUGCAGUAUGGGAAUUUGUUUAUUGACGAGGGAUUUGGACCGGUAGAUGAACCGCAGGGAACGAUGGGAGUGCAGCAUUUUGAACGCGGCUUGAUGUGGGCGGAGACAUUUCUGAGUGGACAUAUGCAGCCCCAGUUUCAGCCGAGGAGUAGUUAUAGACAUUUGCAGUGGGUUUUGGGGAGGAUUGAUGAAUUGUAA